AUGUCGAUAUCAGAUAUCCGCAGCCACCUAUGGAGCAAGAAAAACAAAAAUGAAGCUGACACUACAGUAGAGUUGGCAAAAUCAGAAUCAUCUGAUAAGAAAAUCUCAAAUUUAUUGAAGGCCAAAUCCGAUAUUGCAAAGUCAGUGGCGAAGAAGUUCCUGAAGACAAGAAAAGAAAAUAAUACUUCUGAGGUCCAGAGGAAAAGGCAAAAGAAGAAAGGCGCGAGCAAAGCAGAAGACAGUAAAGCAAUAAAAAUUGAUGUUAUGAAGUUAAAUUCAAUGGAAGAAAACCAGCAAAAGGAUGCUACGACGAGUGUGGAGCACGUAGAAAAGAAUCAGGAGAUCCAAAAGAAUGAAGAAAAUACAAGUGCAUCAGAUAACAAGGAAAAGAUUACAAAAUCAAAAUACAAUCCCAAUAAACGAAGAAGUGGCAAGGAACCUGGCCUUUCAAACAAAAAAUCGAAGAAUGAAGAAAAGUGGGAGGGUAAUAAAGGAGGGAAACAAAAUGAACAAAAGGAAAAAGACAGUUUGUCAGUGAAGAAUAACACAAGUGAUGAAAAGCGAGAUGGUAAGGGAACGGAUCAAGAACCUAAAAGAAAGAAAAUAUUGAUGGUCUAA